AACUGUGCUCGUGGGCAGCGUGAGGACCACACCUUGAAAGCUAAAUAUUGCACUAUUGUCCUCCUUCAGCUCUCUCGUGUGUCAUCAUGAGCUUCCAGGACAUUGAAACUGGCUCUGCACGUACGGGACAGUCAAGUUCGACAGCGCUUCAGCCGCGUGAAGAGUCUGCGUUUCUUUCCUUGCAAUCGUCACUUUCACUCCAAGUGUUCAAGAUAAAUUCGAAUGUUCAGGGUAUUCUCAAGCUCGUCGACCAACUUGGCACCACAAAGGACUCUGCCACGCUCAGGAAGUCACUACAUGACCUCACCGAAACGACGAGGGCUAUGGCCAAGCGAGGCUCUGAGGACUUGAAGAAGAUUGCUUCAACAGCUACGGCAAGCCCUCAACACAAGACCUCAGUUCAGAAAAUAUCACAUGACUUGCAGCUGUCUUUGGUGGCAUUUCAAAGAGCACAACAAUUUAGCGCAGAGCGCCAGAGAACAGUGGUGGAAGGGGUGAAAAUAGCAGUAGAAGACGAGCACUAUGAUGAUACAUCGCGCCAACGAGAGCCAAGCGCGUCUCCCCGACUACGUCAGGCUCAACUUCUUCAGUCCCAGCUUUCUCCGCACGAACUCGCGUACCAAGAGUCUUUGAUUCAAGAACGAGAAGCGGAAAUUCAAGAGAUCGAGUCCGGUAUACAUGAAUUAUCGGAGAUAUUCCGUGACCUUGGGACACUUGUCAACCAACAAGGCGGCAUGAUUGAUAACAUCGAAUCAAAUGUGUAUUCCAUCGCUGUAGAUACCCAAGGGGCAGCCGAGGAGCUUUCGACUGCUUCCGAGUACCAACGUAAAGCGGGGCAACGUGCAGCAUGUCUCAUGAUCAUUCUCGUCAUCGUCGUUGCAGUUGUUCUUCUGGCUAUUUUGUCAUAGAUGUUGCCUUGUGUCAUCGCCUCUCAUACCUUUGCUAGUUUUCUGUUGGCCGAUGGAUUAUGGACCUCGCCGUGGAUGUUUCAUGAAGUGUUUUUAUUUCUAAUGUCUAUUUUUUUUUUAUCAAUUUUGGUGCGAAUGAUAGUACCCUCCCCAGUGAAUGCAUGUGUGGUAAGUUAGAACGAGGAUGGCAUAAAUUCUAGUCACGGAUAAGUUUUUCUCGAUGUGUGAUACGUGCGUACAUAGUCUUACGUAGAAAUCAGUGUCUAUAUCUUACAUAAAAUGAUCAAUAUUGCUGCAGCGUUUCUUAUUUCU